AUGACUUUUGGUAUUGCUAAUCAAUCAUUCUCGAUUGCUCUUUGGAUAAAACCGAUGAGUCUUCGUGGUAUUCUUGUUCAUAUACCCAAUCAAUCAACUGGUGAUGGAUGGUGUAUGCCAUUACUAGGCUUCAAUUCAUCUGGUAUUCUCAUUACACAAAGCUCAUCUUUGAUGAUUGCCGCUCCUACAUUUCCAUUAAAUGUUUGGACACACAUUGCUCAAACAUUUAGUAUACAAAAUGGUCUUCAAUUAUAUAUCAAUGGUUCAUUAUAUCAAACAGUUACAGGUACAUCAAUGACUCCUCCGUAUCAAUCAAUGCAUGUCAGUAUUGCAAGUCAACAAAUGGGAGGAUCUAGUUGUAUGUGGGGUCCCAUCGAAUCACGUUCAUAUGUUGGUGCUUUUGACGAACUAAAUAUUUAUAAUCGACAAAUUACUACAGCUGAGAUUGCUAGUAUAUCUUCAUAG